AUGGACGGAGAAUUUGAUCGUGAGAUAGAUUGGUUUGAUCUGAAUGAUGUUGGGAAAUCGGAAAACAAUGCCUCGUUUGGUCAGCAAGUGGAGGCUGCGAUUUGUAAGAUAGGCGUAGUGAAUGGACAUCCGAAGGACAGAGAAAAGAGGGAGAGGAAGCUGAGAGAGUGGGUGGAGGGGAGUGUGAAGUCUGGGUUUCUUCCACCGCUGUGGAAAGCUGUUGACUUGUAUGAUUUAAUGCGUAAGGUGGAGGAGUCGUGUUUGAAGAAGAAAAAGGCUUUGGGAGACGGCAGAAAGACAGGAUUGCUGGGGAAUGCUCGUAAAACAGAUAGUGCGCUGCGGAAGAUUGAUGAGUGGCUGGAAGCUUCACGAUGCAUGGCAAUGGGACAUUGUGCCGCGCAGCGAGCGAAGGGCGGUGCCCGCCCGUCCAGUGGGAAGGAAGUUUCCUCUUCGAGCGCUGGCGAGAGACAGGAAGCGACUCUUCCUCUGACGGAGACUAAGACUGAGGGCGUGCCUUCACCUGUGACUGAGAACCAGCCCACGACGCCUACUUUGUAUCCACUCCUCCCACUGACAACUCCUCCUGGAGACUAUCUGACUCCACCUGGUGGUAAGAUGCAGCCACCACCCUAUAUUCCUGUGACAGCUCCAUUCUCACCACAUAAUCCAUUUGUUUCCACACCAGAACCCACUCUGCAGCUUCCAGUCCUGCACAUAAAAAAAGGAAUAUUAGAGGGUCAUUGGACUAAUGAUGAGGGAUUAUGUGAAGUAACAGUAACCUCACGCACAGACAAACAACAGUCCACACCCAAGCCUACUUCCACAACAUUGUCCAUGCAACAGGGUAACCCCGGCGUGGACGCAACACAUUUACUGGGCAGCGAGGCUCUUCUACAACAAUGGCGACAACAGAAGAAGGAGGUAAAACAGCGACUGCGCGCCGAUACUGUAAACAAUCCUCCACCAGAGGAGGAGGAUGCCAAUGAAGCAGAGAUCCAGAGAGAGAUGCAGCGCCUCAGGGAACAACACGACGUCAAGCGCUGGGAACAGGAACAGAUGUACAAGGUGGAUCGGAUGUUAAAAGAGGUCGACGAGACCAUGAGCCGCCUUACAGCCAGCGGACCGCCAGACCUCGAACCGCCUAAGAUCAAAUAUGACUUGAGGCCCAGAUCAAAGGGACGACCAAAACAGGAUGAUGGUGGGGCUGAGGAUGAUGAACUGAACUUUGCCAUGCCACUAAUGUCAACAGUAGGACAUGGGGGAAGAGUAAAAGUUAAAUACACUCCUUUCUCUGUAACUGACCUCUCCACUAUUGCUUCUUCUCUCCCAAGUAUUAAGGACGGUGGUGGUGCUUGGCUGCAGGCCCUGACCAAGGCAACGGCAGGACAGCAACUGUCCAAAGGUGACAUCACGGGACUUCUGACCCGAUGCUGUAGUGCUGCGGACCGUCAGCAGGUGUUGGCCCAGCUUGGCUGGGACAGAGAUGACCCGGCUGAACCUUUGGCAACCCGCUCCACCACCCAGCUGUCUGACUGUCUGAAGGGGUAUUUCCCUCUUCCGGCGUGUGUCUAUGCUGAUUUGGUGUUUUCCCCCAAAGCAGGACAGACUCCGAAUGAAUUUAUGACCCAGGCCUCUGAGGACUUCACGCUGAGGACCGGACAGCAUCCCACCGCCUCACCUCUGCACUCUCAGAUUUUUAGGGGAGCGGUGAUGAAGGGACUGCCGGCCCCUGUGGUGUCCAAGCUGAAGGACAACCCGGAUCUGCCUGGAGCGGAACAUGCUCGAUGGCCCAUGAACAACAGGCCGAGAGGAAGAGGAUCUCCACGAGGUAGAGGAGGCUACGGAGGACCCAAGCCACAGGGGUUCCAACAGCCUGGUGUGACAGGUGCCAGCAUCACCCCAAAGACUGUCUCUCUCACUGGUUUUGAAGGAAAGCCUAACGACCUGCACUUUCUUUCCCCUGUGACUGUCACGAUUGCCUCCCAAAUAGCUCGCCACAGCUUCAUUUUUGCUCCACAGUGUCCCAUUAACCUCCUCGGCCGUGAUCUGCUCAUUCGUCUGUGCCCCAUGAUCAAGUGCACAGCUGAUGGGAUGAUAUUGAUCUUCCCUGAUGGCUCCACCUUUCACUGCAGUCAGCAAACGGACAGCAUGCUGAUGAUGGAAGCGAAUGAAGAACUUCCUGAGCCAAUGAGACCUUUGGCUGAUGUUUACUGGGCUCUGAUCGACUCUGCCACGCCCUCCUGGGGUUCAUGUGUGGAGCUGCUCGACCUGUGGCGCCCGUGGAUUCGCUCGCUCAGACCUUACCUUCUGUUGGUUGACCCAUAUCACUGUACAUUGUUUUAUGACAGGAAUGAGGAUCCAGUCUAUGCAGAUGAAUUCUACAAGGUCGCGGGUCGUGUUUGGCCUCUAUCGAUACAUCAAAUGUAUAUUGGAAAACCAGGUGUGGCAUUAGGAGUGACGCUUACACCUACCCAAAGAAAGUGGUACCAGAUGGAGGCGCCCCAGGACCCAGGGGUACUUCCCUGUCACCCACACAUCUCACUCCUCGUUGCCGCCACACACACCGCGAAAGACUUAGGGCCGUUCACUAAGUCCUGUGUGGAAGCUCCCGAUUGGCGACCCACACCAAUUCCUAACCUCCUGUACAGCUCCUCUCUUGAUGCCUACUGUGUUUGUUGUACCUUUCAUAAUGUUGAUGCUGUUCCAGAACAUGUGACCAUGGACAGAUCUCAUGGUCGUGAAACCACCGAUGCAGAUGGAGCUCAGUCCAUGUUGGACUCCCUCCCACCUUCGGUUUGGUCAUCUUCUCCAACGGACGUUGGAUUCUGUAAUAUAGAACCUGUCACCUUUUCUUUCAACCCAGAACCAGUCUAUCAGAAGCAGUAUCCCACCUCUCCGGCUGGCGAGGAAGGGAUAUCGGAGACUAUUGACGGUCUCCUAGAAGCCGGUGUUCUCGUUCCACUUUCGGAGCCCUCUCCGUGGAACACUCCCAUCCUCCCCGUACAGAAGAAAGAGGGUAAGUACCGCAUGGUUCAUGACCUCCGGGCCAUCAAUGCUGCGGUUACUACUCCCCAACUUCCUGUACCUAACCCAUUCUCUGCUCUCGGAGAUUUGACCCCCUCUCAUAAAUUCUUUACCUGCAUUGACUUGGCUAACGCUUUUUUCUGUCUCCCGCUCUCUCCGACAGUCGCCCCCAUUUUUGCGUUUACCUGGAAGGGACGUCAGUACUCCUACUCGCGUCUCCCUCAAGGUUUUGAACUCUCCCCAGGCAUUUUCAACGCCAUUCUGAAAUCUCUCCUCACGGGUCUGGUUUUACCGGAUGGUGUUCUUCUGGUCCAGUAUGUCGAUGACCUCCUGCUGGCCGCCCCAACUGAAUCAACUUGUUUGGAGGCCACAAAAUCUCUCCUCCUGUGGCUACAUUCCAAAGGUUUCAAAUGCUCCCGAGGAAAGGUUCAAUGUGCCAGAGCACAGGUAUCUUUUCUUGGCCGUCUCAUUUCUGCUGCUGGGACUGGCCUCUCGUCCUCCCAUCGCUCAUCCAUUCUUUCUCAUCCUCAGCCAGUCACUGUUAAACAGAUGUUGAGUUUCCUGGGUCUUGCAAAUUUUUCCAGGUACCACGUCCCAGAUUUUGUUUCUUUGACAUUGCCAUUGCGCCAAAUGGUCAAUGAGGCUGGUAUGCGUAACCUCUCAGCCCCUCUUCAGUGGUCUAUUGAUGCUCAACAUUGUUUUACUGCCUUAAAACAGAAAUUGUCCACUGCUGCUGACCUAGCUAUCCCCGACUAUUCAAUCCCAUUUCAUCUUGAUGUCUCUGCCAAGGUGGCAAUUGUAAAAUGUAAGGGACAUUCCAAAUCCCGAGACAAGGUCUCUCAAGGUAACGAAGAAGCCGACAGAGUGGCAAAGCGGACUGCAGGCUACAGCCCAGCCGACGCUAACCAGAUGAUCCAAGCAGGUCCACACACAGAAGGACACACAUCAUUCCCACAUACACCAGAAGCAUUACAGGACUGGCAGAAAGAGGCGUCUCCUGAGGAGAAGUCGAUGUGGUUGCGGAGAGGAGCAAAGGUGAGUGACGACGGACUGUGGACAGGUCACGACAAGCCAGCAAUACCACAAAGCCGACUGAUCUCCAUGAUCCAGGAGGCACAUCUACCAGAUCACUGUGGUCAAAAGGAAGUCCUGCGCAGGCUACAACAUUGGUGGCACCCUUUCAUGACCCAUGUGGUUCAUGAAGAACUGUCCAACUGUACUAUAUGUAAGUGUCACAACUCCAGACCUGCAACAAAACCUACUGAGAACAAUGCGAGACCACAUCUGACGAGACCUGGACUUGAGGUGAUAAUGGACUUCACUGACAUGAUCACCACUUGCAAUGGGUACAGGUACCUACUGGUAAUUGUGGACAGCUAUUCAGGCUGGCCAGAAGCAUAUCCAUGCAGGAGAGAAACAGCACAGAAUGUGGUAAAAGCCUUGGUAAACCAUUACAUUCCAACCCAUGGGUUCCCCAAACUAAUAAGAUCUGACAAUGGUACACAUUUCAAAAACACACACCUCCAAGAGGUGGAAAAGAUGCUUGGGCUCAGGCACAAAUUCGGUUCAGUGUACCAUCCUCAGUCCCAAGGACUGGUGGAGAGAAUGAACAGAACUUUGAAAGAAAAACUGGCUAAAAUUAUGACUUCAACAGGACUGACGUGGUUAAAGGCGCUCCCUCUUGCACUGAUGUCUGUCAGAAUGUCUUUAAGUUCUAGGAGAGGAAUGUCUCCGUAUGAACUUAACACUCAGCGGAGUUUCCCAGGACCGACAGGACCGUUGCCCACAAAGACUGGUGAAGGUAAGCAUGACAUGGCUGAUGUUGUGAGUGCUUAUAAUUCCAGGUUCCAGAACGCCAGAGGUCCUGAAGAGUCACAAUCAACGCCCCAUGUGACUGAAGACGGUGGUGCGACUCACGUUCUGCUGAAGGCCUACAAGAGGAAGUGGUCUGAACCCCGUUGGACUGGACCAUACGAGGUGACGGAACGUACCUCCCACGCGGUCCGGCUCAAAGGAAAGGGUGACACGUGGUACCAUCUAAGUCACACCGUCCCGACUACGCUUCAACCGGACAACAAGGAGCCAGAAUAA